UCUCCUAUCUUUUCAUAAAAACUAUUUCAAACUUUAAUUUUUUUUUCUUAGUGUUUUUUGUAUUGAUCCAAUCUAUGGCUGCAACUACGGCAGGGAGCCAUGGGGAGCAGAUACCGCCAGGAAAGACCAUGACAACGGAGCAACACAUACUGGAUAAAGGUGCUCAAAUGCUGCAGUCUUUGAAACCAAUUAAGCAAAUGAAUCAACAUGUUUGCACUUUUGCACUCUACAAUCAUGACAUGAAUCGACAAAUUGAAACUCAUCAUUAUGUCACACGACUCAAUCAGGAUUUUCUACAAUGUGCUGUUUACGAUUCUGAUCAUUCCACCGCCCGACUUAUCGGAGUGGAGUAUAUAGUAUCUGAUCGUAUCUUUGAAACCUUGCCUAAAGAAGAACAGAAACUUUGGCACUCUCAUGCUUACGAGGUAAAAUCAGGAUUGUGGGUGAAUCCUAGGGUUCCAGAGAUGGUAGUGAAAAAAGAUCUUGAUAAUUUUGCAAAAACGUAUGGAAAAUUCUGGUGCACAUGGCAAACAGAUAGAGGCGAUAAGCUACCAGUUGGGCCACCAUCACUGAUGAUGUCUCCACAGGCGGUGAAUUUGGGGAUGGUGAAGCCAGAGCUAAUCCAGAAGAGAGAUGACAGGUACAAUAUGUCGACUGAUGCAAUCAAGAGAACGAGGCUGGAGAUAGCGGAGCCAGAGUGGAUUAAUCCUGAGGCGGAUUACUGGAAACAGCAUGGCAAAUGCUUUGAGAUCCAUGUUGAGGAUGUAGAAAUGAAGAAGAUAGCUCCUUUUCCAUAGAUCAAAGAGUGCAUGCUAGCUAGCAGAUUAAUAAGUCAAAGAUUUUGACAUUAUAUAUACUAGUCUUGUUUCUCUUUUUCGGUUUUGUAAAAUAACAACGAAUAUGUUUUUACUUUGACGUAUGUUUCUAUUUAA